GUUUAACACUGCACCAUGACUGCAACUGCUGGUGGUAAGCCACUCGCCCCAGCGAUCGGGUACGACGAUGGCAAAACUCUGAUGGCUCGAGGACCAUUGGCACUACACGAGCAUGUGGCUUCACGCUUGGAGACAUCGUUGGGCAAGGCUCUGCCUCAGAUGGAGGUGCGUUUCAAGGACGUAUCCAUCUCAGCGGACAUCGUGGUCAAGGACGCGAGUGACCUGGAGGUUCAGCUACCCACACUGCCGAACGAGAUGAUGAAGACUCUUCAUGGUUUGGUCGCCAAGAAACACACAGUGACCAAGCGUAUCUUGAGAGGUGUGAGUGGCGUACUGAAACCAGGAACCAUCACGCUUGUUCUGGGUCAGCCUGGGUCGGGCAAGUCGUCGUUGAUGAAGCUACUCAGUGGACGCUUCCCGAAGGACAAGAGCGUCUCGGUCGAAGGGGAGGUGACAUACAAUGGCACGUCGGCGGACGAGUUACACAAGCGACUGCCCCAGUUGGUGUCGUAUGUACCACAACGUGACAAACACUACCCCGAACUGACUGUGAAGGAGACGCUGGCGUUCGCCCAUGCUGCGUGUGGUGGGGAACUGUCCGAACAUGAUGCGAGUCACUUGGUGAACGGAACUCCGGACGAGAACGCCGAGGCGUUGAAGGCAGCUCAGGCACUAGUCAAACACUACCCGGACGUUGUGAUCCAGCAGCUUGGACUGGAGAACUGCCAGAAUACAAUUGUGGGCGACGCCAUGCUGCGUGGUGUGUCGGGUGGAGAGCGUAAGCGCGUGACGACAGGUGAGAUGGCGUUCGGGAACAAGUACGUGAUGAUGAUGGAUGAGAUCAGCACGGGACUGGACAGCGCCGCCACGUUCGAUAUCAUCACGACGCAGCGCAGUCUGGCCAAGAAGUUCCGCAAGACUGUAGUGAUCUCUCUGCUGCAGCCGUCGCCCGAGGUGUUCGCUCUCUUCGACGACGUGAUGAUUCUGAACGCUGGUCACCUCAUGUACCAUGGAACAUGCAACGAAGCUUUGGGUUACUUCGAAAACCUUGGCUUCAAGUGUCCUCCGUCUCGAGAUGUGGCAGAUUUCUUACUGGAUCUUGGUACCAACAAACAGUACCAGUACGAAGUGAAACUCGACGGUGGAGUCAUCCCCCGUACUCCCAGUGAAUUCGCCGAUGCGUUCAAACGCUCGACAAUUUACGGUCAAACGCUAAGUGACCUGGAAGACCCAGUAGCACCAAGUCUUGUUGAGGAUAUGAAGACGCAUAUGGUGACUCAUCCAGAGUUCUCACAGAGUUUCUGGGCCAGUACUUUACUACUGAUGAAACGAGAGAUCAUGAUCACAAGGCGGGAAAUGUCGGCCAUGGUUGGGCGUAUGAUCAUGAGUACUGUCAUCGCCUUACUGUGUUCAAGUGUCUACUACCAGUUCGACACGUCAGACGCACAAUUGGCCAUGGGUAUCAUUUUUGAGUCCAUUUUAAACCUAUCGGUAGGUCAGGCUGCUCAGAUCCCGACGGUGAUGGCUGCGCGUGAGGUUUUCUACAAGCAACGAGGUGCCAACUUCUUCCGGACAGCGUCCAACGGAGACAAGACGGACUUCGUGGAGAUCUUCAAAGCCAGCGCCCACUUCGAGCGUCUCCAGUCGAGUCUAGACCAAGAAGGUGUGACUCGACCGUCACCGUCUUUGCCUGCACUGGAGUUCAGCGACAAACGCGCAGCAUCGGAGCUCACCCAAGCGAAGUUCCUGUUGAAACGCUUCUGUGGUCUCUACUGGCGAACGGCUUCGUUCAACUUGACACGGUUCGCUAUCUCGCUUGGAAUGGGUAUAGCGUAUGGGAUCACGUACGUUCGUACCGAGUAUGAGACGUAUUCCGGAGUGAAUUCCGGUUUGGGAAUGAUCUACAUGAUCACGAGUUUCAUCGGUCUCAUCGCAUUCAACGGAUUGAUCCCGAUAGCUUACGAAGAACGCGCUGUAUUUUACCGCGAACGGGCAGCUCAAACCUACAAUGCCUUUUGGUAUUUUUUCGGACUCGGAGUCAUGGAGAUCCCGUACGCUGCCGCCUCAGUACUGUUGUUCCUGAUCCCGUUCUUCCCAACAGUGGGGUUUUCAGGUAUCGGAGCUUUUCUUACUUCGUGGUUGGUGUUGGUGCUUCAAGUGCUGCAUCAAGCGUUUAUGGCUGAACUUCUCGUCUUUCUGUUGCCGAACUUGGAAGUGGCGGAGAUCGUCGGUGUGCUGCUAAAUCUUCUCGGAUACCUGUUCUCAGGUUUCAGUCCACCAGCUUCUGCACUGCCAUCGGCGACUGUGUGGUUGUAUGAUAUCACCCCGAUGAAGUACAGCACCGCAGCGUUCUCAGCUGUCGUGUUUGGAGACUGCAGCAGUGACGGAGAUCUGGGAUGCACACGGAUGACAAAUGUGCCACCAUCACUUCCCGAGAACCUCACUGUGAAGGAGUACUUGGAGACGAAUUUCCUGAUGAAACACAGCGAGAUUUGGAGAAACUGCGGCUUCUUACUGCUCUUUGUCGUCAUCUUCGGCAUAUUCACACUACUCGCGAUGCGCUUCCUGAACUAUCAGAAAAAGUAG